CAGCUUGAGAACGAGCCUAGAAAGAUGAGUGGAAAAGCACUUUCAGGAAAAGUGAUUAUUGUUCUCUGCAUAGCUUGCUUUCUUGCAGGAUCAGUUGUUAGGUCAUGGACAAGUACUCAUCACACACUUCAGAAGAAUGAUGAUGAACAAGAAGAGCGAGAAUUUCCGAUCAUUCGCCAUCAUGUUUCGAAGCAGCUUGCAGAAGUUAGAAGUGAUUUUGACCCCAAGAAUCCUUCGCAGAAUUUUGUUGAAGGAAAAUCAGUAGAUAUCAUGGAAGAGGUCACAAGGACUCACCAAGCUAUCCAGUCACUUGAUAAAACAAUUUCAGCACUGGAAAUGGAACUAGCAGUGGCUAGAACAAGGAAUAUUGAUGGCCAAAAUUCAGUAGAAAGAGCAAGUACUAAUCACAGUUUACAGAAGGCUUUUGUGGUCAUUGGAAUUAAUACAGCUUUUAGCAGCAAGAAAAGGAGAGACUCGGUCAGAGAAACAUGGAUGCCUACAGGGGCAAAGUUGAAGAAAUUGGAGGAAGAAAAGGGUAUAGUGAUAAAGUUUGUGAUAGGGCACAGUGCCACACCAGGAGGUGUUCUUGACAGAGCCAUUGAUGAGGAAGAAGCUGAGUUUCAUGAUUUUCUGAGGCUCAAACAUGUUGAAGGCUACCAUGAAUUAUCCACUAAGACUCGCUUAUAUUUCUCCACUGCAAUUACCAUUUGGGAUGCUGAGUUCUACUUGAAGGUUGAUGAUGAUGUUCAUGUCAAUAUAGGAAUGCUAAUGAAUACACUUGGAAGGCACCGGUCCAAACCGAGAAUCUAUAUUGGUUGCAUGAAGUCCGGUCCGGUUCUCUCUCAAGAAGGGGUGAAAUAUCAUGAGCCAGAGUAUUGGAAAUUUGGGGAAGAAGGGAACAAAUAUUUCAGGCAUGCAACUGGCCAAAUCUAUGCCAUUUCCAAGGAUCUUGCUGCCUAUAUCUCCAUCAAUUCGCCCAUAUUGCAUAGAUAUGCGAAUGAAGAUGUUUCAUUGGGGGCAUGGUUCAUAGGAUUGGAAGUUGAGCAUGUUGAUGAUCGUUCAAUGUGUUGUGGGACUCCUCCAGAUUGUGAAUGGAAAGCAAGAGCUGGGAAUGUUUGCGUGGCAUCAUUUGAUUGGUCUUGCAGUGGAAUAUGCAAAUCAGUGGAAAGAAUGAAAGAAGUUCAUCUAUCUUGUGGUGAAGGAGAUGAUGCCCUUUGGAAUGUUGAUUUUUGA